AUGCAGCAAGAUCAAUUGAAAAUAUCUCCAUUAAAAGCCAUUAAUAAUUUGGCUCGAGAAAAUAAAAUAGUUGCUGAAUAUCAACUUGAAAAAGAAUCAGGCCCAGCUCAUGCCAAAUUUUAUUGUGUAAGACUUCGACUGGGAGAUAAAGAAUAUGUUGGUAGUGAUCGUAGUAUUAAAUUAGCACAACGUGCUGCUGCACAAAUCGCUUUGAACGAUCAAACACAUUUAUUAUUAAAAGAUAAAUCUGACAAAGGAAUUAACUUGUCAAAACAUCCGACAGUUACAUUAAACACCUGGGCUGCUCAAAACCAUAUUCCAAUACAAUACGUUCUAUUGAAUCAGCAUAGUGUUACUACACCAAAUAAUGUUUCAUCGAAUUUUCCUUGUAUUAUGUUUUAUUAUCGUCUUUAUCUGGGACAAGAUCUUCAUUUUGAUGGACAUGAUCUAUCACAUCAACUAGCUCGAAUAAAUUGUGCUUAUCAUGCUUUAAAUUUUAUACGUGAUAAUGAAAAAUCUAUUUUAACGUCACUUUCAUCGCUACAAACCCAGAUUCAAUCAAAAUCACCAAUUUCAAUAAUGUAUGAACGUGCUAAACAACUUGGUCUUUCAGUUCAAAUUAAAUAUAAUGAACCACUAACAAUAACAUACCUUAUCGGUGAACAAUAUUCAACAACGGGUACGGGUUCAACGAAACAUGCUGCUAAACAAAUAGCUGCUGAACAAAUGUUAGAAAUUUUACCGUUACCAUCAGAAAUGGAUAAACAAAAACAUAUCCGUAAACAUAGCAACCAACAUAAAAAAUUUAUUGAACAAAAAGGUUCAGUUAGCUAUAGUUUAACCGAACAAAUCAAUCCGAUAACACGCCUUUAUCAAAUAGGGCGAGCACGUGAUAUUAAAAUUGAAUUUAAUGAAUUAAAAAAUGAAAAUGAUGAUAAAAAUUUUCAUUUUCAUGUUAAAUUUGGUGAUGAUGAUUCGGCUGAUGGUUAUGGUAAAAAUAAGCAAAUAGCUAAAAAAUCAGCUGCUGUAAAUUUACUUUCAAAAUUAGAUCCUAAUCUGUUAGGAUCAAUUGAUGUUGCAACACCUACAUCUUUACCAGUAGGGCCAAUAAAAAGUUUACUGAAGCGUGAUGAAAAUGUAAAUAAACAGCAUGAAAAAAAACAUGUUCAUUUUAUUGAAGAUGAACUAGUUGAACAUGACAAAAAGACAAUAGAUCAUCAAUCGCCAAUAACAAUAAAACAACAAUUGAUAAAUGCAUGCCAAAAAUUAAAUCUUGAUAUUCAAUAUGAUGAUCAAUUGAUUACAAAUAAUGAGCAAUAUGAAACAAUAUUAACCUUAUCAACAGAUGAUAGAAUUCUUGCAAAAUUUCGUGCUCAUGCAUCAUCAGUAAUACGCGCACAAGAAAAUGUAUCAUUAACUGCUUGGAGAAAUUUACAACAAUUAUUUAAUGGGUCCAUUCAAUUGCCAAAAAGAAAAAUGAAAAAACGCUGCCGUCCAGUGCAAACACCUAUUCCAGUAGAGCAAGAUAAUGAACAUUAG